AUGCGACAUCUUCGCUAUGUCUUUCCUGCGCGGCGAGCGGCUGCUGGAGCACGAGCGGCGAUGGGGACGGAGUCAACGGAGCCGACGCUGCGAGACGUCUUUCGGCGCAAAGGAUUGGAGGAGGCGGCCAACGACAUGCGGCGCAGAGUUCAAGUGGCCAUGGCACUGGAUUUGAUAGCAGCACCCUAUGCUAAAGUGCUGGGGAAUCACUUCAAUCCUGAGGACUUCUUAUCCGCAUCUGAACAGCUCAUGGCCAACAGCAACUUUGUGUUGGUGCUGCAUGCUGGAGCCAUCUGGUGGUACCACUGUUUCCUGCGCGACCACCUGGUGGCGCGUCAUAUCACCCGCAUUUCGGCGAGGUCCCAGCCUGAUGAAACCGUGGUGAUCCAUCUUGAGACAGGACCAUGGAGCCGGCGUUUGCUGCUCAGCCCUGCCAAGGCGCCUGAUGCUGGCAGCGGCGUGUCGCUGCGGCAGAUGUUGGCCACAGGGGUUUUCCAGGUGGACCGAAGCUUCGGUAGCUGGGGAGCCAUCUCAGGAGAGAUAGCAACUGUUCUGGAUGAUGAAGCUUUCCAAGAGCUGUGCCAGCGAGAUUUGUACCCGAUCUCUGAGGAGCUGUCCACCGAUGAUGCGGCCAAAGCUGCCGCACAUAUAGGCCUUCAUGAACCUGCACCUCUGGUCGUAGAAGAUUCCGAAGGCACACUGAAGCGAUUGGAAGCGUUGCCUCCCUGGCUCAAGAGCCCACUGCAGUGGCAUGGCCGUUGGUUCUGUCGAUACUUUGGUAACCUCUCCUUGGCGAUGGGCAUCACAUCUGUUCUGGUUUGGCUGCCGCCGGAUUUUUUUCCCAGCUUUAGCUUUGGAGCAAGCUGA